GCAGCAGGUAGCAUUGUAAUCCCAGUGGUCAGUAUGUUGGCCAAGUUUUUCAAAGAAAGACUCUCCCUCGCCAUGAGCAUCUCGAGCAGUGGCUUUUGUGUGGCCAGCAUCACGGCCCCCGCGUUCAUCAGGGACUUGAACAACGAGUACGGCUUCAGGGGUACCUACCUCAUAUUGGCCGGAGUCGAACUGCACAUGCUGGUCGCGGGCCUGUUGCUCAGGCCUCUAUCUUCGUACAGGUAA